AUGAUAAAUAAAGGUCUACUUCCUCGUACAUUUGAUCCAUUCCUUGACGAGAACAUGAUAUUUUUGAGAAGGGCUUCGGCCCGACUAAGAGGACCUGCUAAAAUAUACAAGCAGAUACCUCCAAGGGUGUGUCCUCACUGCCUUAUUCAAUCAAGAUAUAAAAGUUGGAUAAAUCCAUUGGGUAGAUAUGAUAUUAAGAAUGAGCCAUCGAUAGCCAAAAAUAUGAUAAUAGAAGAGCCAGAGACGAUGAGAAAUACAAAACAUGAAGAUUAUGUUCUGCAAAUUAAGCAUUAUUUAAAGUCGACUGAUGUGCCCACAAAACUUAGACUGAAGAUAUUAAGAAGUAAUUUAUCCGAUCUCAUUAAAAGUUCGCCAGACACCAACUUCACUCCUGAUAUUAUUCUAUUGUUAAACAAAGUCUUUUUAGAACUUUAUGAAAUUAACGAUCGUCAAAUCAAUGACAACUUACUAAUGUAUGAUGAUUGUUUAUUAUUGUUUGAAAAGUCAUUAAAUGCAUCACGAGCUCAGUCCCAGAAUAAAACUCAGUUAUCUCAAUAUAUGGGUAUGUUGUCACAAUAUUUUUUGGCUAAGGGAAAGAAUGAAGUGCCCACGAAGGUCUUGCUUCAUAUUCUUGACCUAGCUUCUCUUGUUAGACACGGUAGCUUCAAAAAGUCAUUGACUAUUCUUUUGCGUUCGAAUAUAAUAAGUGAGACCUUCACCGAAUACUUAUUUGAUCACUACGAAACAAAAGGCACUGUCAACUUGCAGUUCUAUGAAGAUAUUCUUUCGGCGUCGAAGGCCAGUGGAAACUCUACGCUUCUCAAUGACACAUUCUAUAAAAGUUACAUCACCCAUAUUGAAAAUACUUUUCAAGAUUCUUACCCUGAAGUUCAUGAAUAUAAACUCUUUGAAAGAAGUAUAGACAGGAUCGAUUUAUUAACCAAUUCUCAGAUUAUUAAUCUGAUUGAAUUCGAAAAAGUUUCCAUCAACAUACUUUUGCAAAUAUUAAAACUUAUUUCCGAAAUUUCUUCAGUAAAAAGUAGUGAUGCCUCAACGAAAAGUAUGCAAAAGAUCUUGAAUUAUCUAACCAUAGGAAACUACCUGGCUAAAUUGAAACUGGUUGAACAAGUACUCUGCCAACAAGAUUUUGAUGAUGAUACAUUAGUUGAAUCCUUACUUGUGGCUGCGUCGUCACUUUCUUAUAGUAAAUUUUCUUUUGACAUCGUUUCUUUUGUGAAGACAGAUAGCAUAAGGUUCCCUGAACCCUUAAGUAUCCCAUACCUAAUUUUUCAACUGUGCCUCUCUGAAAGAACGGAAGCGGAUAGAUUCAAUAUAGUAAAAGAGGAACUCGAUAAAAGUGGUAUCAUAGCCGUCUCUAACACGGAGGAGUAUUUGAAUAAAAUUCUAAAAUUACUGCUCGCCAGUGGAUCGAUCUUACCAAAUGGGCCCUUUAUUCAAGGCUUAAUUAGUUAUUUUGAAAGACAUUUUGGGGUUGAACGCUCAGUCUUCUCUUACAAAUACCAGAUUGAUGCAGCUAUUAAACUAAAAGAUCAUAAACUAGCCUUAGAGUUGUUCGAUGAAAGCUUGAGAAGUUCUUGGGUAGCUGAAAUGCAGCCUACUUUGGCCCUUACUUUGAAUAAUCUUAUCAUUUUGUUGUGUCUCAAUAUAAGAAGUAUUGAUGAUAUAUUUCCUAUUUUUACGAGAAUUAAACAGCAGAUGGUAAACACUACUUGCAAUAUACGGGCCAUAAAAGCAUUAUCGGAAAAAAUGCUUGAAUCAGAAUAUGUUGGUGAUUUGAUUGAGUUUUUAAAGCGGGAAUUACCUCCAAUUAAGAAGGAUGAUAGAGUGAAGCUUCCGAUAGAUAAAGAGUUUGGUAAAGAUUAUAGAGAGCUUUUCGAUAUCUUACAUUCUUUCGUUAUAACAUAUACCAACGAAGACUCGUAUGAGACUAAUUGGGUCUUGUAUGGGGAGCUUCACAAGUAUUUCAAUGCGCCACCCGAGUCUUAUCUUCCAGCAAUGAAAUUUUUUUGCGAUCAUGAUAGAUUGAAUGCAUCACUACUCAUAUUUCGCCAAAUGAGAAUGUUAAAUGAAUUACAUGGUGACGUCCAGCACUUCCCACCGCUGAGAGAAAUAUAUAUGUACUUGUUUCAAACAUUUGGAGACAAAUUCUAUCAAGAUGGUGUUGAGGAAAUACAUGAGAGUUUGAAAAUGGACUUAUCGCUACAGAGGCAAGAUAUAGACUUACAGAAUUGUGUUUUAAAUGCCUAUUCGAAUUUACAAGAAGUAGGAAAGGCCAAAGACCUUUUCUUGACUAUUUCUUCGAAUUCAAAACAGUUUGGUGGAAUUAAUGAGGAUACUAUUAUUAUUAUGAUCAAAACUUACACUUACAGUGACAUGAUGUAUGUUGAGAAGUUUUGGAAUAACUUGUCAAAAUACAACAUAGUUCCAAAUUACCUUAUAUUUCGCCAAUAUUUAAUUGCUCAUGUAUACCAUGGACUAGUGGAUGAUGCCUUCCAGUUGGUUGAUGAAAUGAAAGAUUACGAUUUCGAAUUCACCGAAGAUACGAUGGUUACUUUAUAUAACUAUUGUUUGGAGAAGGAUAAACAAGAAAGGAUUGCGAAAUGGGCUCAAGAGAAUCAUAGAGAGUUGUGGGAUAAAGCCAUUUCCUCAGGUUCCUUGCGCAUGGCUGGUGAUUAUAUGCCACUGAACAACUUGAUUGCUGAAAGUUCGUCAUGA